UUGAAAGCAGAGAAAUGACCACAAUGCUAAAAAUGUGUAUAUAUAAAUCACAAGUCUCCUUCAUCAUUAUCAUCAUCAUUUUUAGGAAAACUAAAUGGCUACUAUUUGGUUUCUAUCACUUCUCUUCGUCACUAUCCUUCUUCUCGCCGCCUUUAAACGCAAGAAGCAGCAACGACGACCACCAUCUCCUCCUGGUUUACCGAUCAUCGGAAACUUACACCAGCUCGGGGAGUUACCGCAUCAAUCCCUGUGGAAACUCUCCAAAGAGUAUGGUCCUGUUAUGUUUCUGAAGCUUGGAAGCAUCCCAACUGUAGUACUAUCUUCCUCUGAAACAGCUAAACAAGCUCUGAAAAUUCAUGACCUCCAUUGUUGUAGCCGUCCAAGCUUAGCAGGGCCAAGAGAGCUCUCUUACAAUUAUCUGGACAUUGCUUUUGCUCCCUAUGAUGAUUACUGGAAAGAAGUUAAGAAACUGUGUGUGCAAGAAGUCUUUAGUCCUAAACGAGUUCACACGAUGCAACCCAUCAGGGACGAGGAAGUCAAGAAGCUGAUAGACAUAGUCACCAAAUCAGCUCAAGAGAAAACACCAGUUAACUUGAGCGAGAAGUUUCUUUCUUUAACCGUUGGCGUGAUUUGCAGGGCAGCAUUUGGUGUGAGUUUCCAUGAAACUGUACUCAACAGCGAUAGAUUCGACAAGUUCAUCAACGAGGCAUUUUUGUUUCUUGGGAGCUUCUCUGCCUCGGAUUUUUUCCCAAACGGCGGCUGGAUCGUCGACCGGCUCACCGGCUUACAAGGGAGGAGAGAGAGGAGUGUGAGAGAUCUUGAUGCUUUCUAUGAACAGAUGUUUGACCUACAUAGAGAGGAAAAAGAAAAGGGAAGUGAAGAUUUUGUGGAUCUGCAACAAUUAUCAAUAAAAUGA